CAAAGCGGCGGCUCCUAUAAACCCUAGAUAAAACCAGUAAAAACCAAAAGAUUUGGUAGAUUCUCACCCAAAAUAAGGAAAUUUCGUGUUUUUUUAAACAAAAAGAGGAAAAAACCUAGGCAAUAGCUCUACUUCCCUUAGAUAGAGUAUCCUAACAAGAAGAGAGAAAACGGGAGCCCAAAAGAGGGAGUGAAUUUAGAGAUUAAAGUGCUUACAGAUUACUUGAAAGUUAUUUGUAAAUUAUUUGAUAAUUUUUUUUUCUACUUAUACUUUGUAAUUAUAUAAAAAUCUUAAUUAGUUAGAAUUACAUGCAAAAAAAUAAUUUUUCUUUUUAAUAAAUAGUAUUUUUACUUCUAAUAUGUAUUAAGUUGAUACAAAACAACAUUAAAAACAAAUCACAAAAGUCUUCAUCCACGUCACAUAUAUGAAAUAGAAAACCUUAAAAUAUUUCUCGUAGUAUAUCAUAUUUUAAUACAUUUAUCAUAUAAAUGAGUUAUUUUAUUAUAAUUUAGAAAUUUUAUUUUCAAAAGUAAAAACGGAUAACAAACUACGAGUAAUAAGCCAACAACGUCAAAUAGUUAUUUUAUUUUAAUAUUUGAUACUUGUUUUGUACUUCUAAAUAAUUGAAACAAACAACAUGAUAAUCGACUUGGCUAAAAUGAGUACUCGAUUUUACGAACCAAUCACAGAUCAAUUUUACGAACCAAUCACGGAUCAAAUAAAAAGUAUGAGCCGAGUAGCAAGUAAUAGUUAUACUUAUACAUAAAACCAUUUUCCAUGUCACGUGUUGCAAAUAAUUUUAUAUAUUUGUUACGGUUUUGUUUUGUGAACGAUAAGAUUUUGCUCGUAAUUAGAUAUAUAUAAACUUGAAAUACAAAUAUAUUGAAAUUUUUUUACAGUACUUAAAAAUCAAUAAAUUUUUCUAUAGAUAGAAUAAGUAAUUUUAAAAUACUUUUUUCAUUCAAAGCUAUUUAUUAGAUGAUAAAAAAUGCUUAACUUCUUUUCAAAGAAAAAAGCUUAACUAAUCCAAUAAUUUUUCCCUUUUUCGGUUUAAUGGAGUUGGUGGCAUAUGACUUAUCAGAAAAUAUUGUUGGUAAUGUGAUAGGAUCAAAGAUCCGAUCUACUGGAUAAAAGCUGUAUAUUGAAGAUAAGCUCAAGAAUUACAAUAAUGAAGGAACUCUAUCACCUGAGUUCCUCAGCUACUCUAUCACCUGAGUUCCUAGCACAUCGCCAAGGAUUUCACAAUUAUAAUCCUCGAUACCGUUCUAAGCAAUGCACAACAGUUAUUUAUACACAGACUUAUUUUUCCUUAUUCUUCAAGCUUGUAACUGCAAACCUUCUGUAUCAUUCCAAAGCUCUCCUUGAUCUUCCUUCCAGUGAGUCUCCACGUCAGCUUACUUACAAGGGUGAUACCUAUCAUAAUGUCGUAGGGGGCUGAAAACGACUAAGCCGGUUAGACCGUCAUAUUCACAAUCUAGCCAAAGUUCAAAUCAAGAAGUCAAACCUGGUUUAUUUCCCGGUACGAUUCACUAAGGUCCACGUUACAUCAAACACAAAACAGAAUCUGCUUUGAAUCACACAAAAAAUAAACAAAAAGGUGUAUAUGUCUUCCCUCAACCGCGCGUCACGUGUCUCUAAACGCUUCUCUAUCACACUGUCCGAACGUAGCCGCCAGACAAAAACCCUUCUUCUUGAACUACUUUUCGUACAAUCAAGUCUUUGACACUUUUAGACCGUAAGUUAACCACUUCUCGGUCUCAAUAUUAUGCUCUUAAAUUUCUAUGUUUGAGUUUGACUUAUCAACUCGAUCUCAUCGCAGUCGCUUUAGUUCAUUUUUUUUCUAAGUAAGAUGAGUCUUGGUACCAAAGGUUCAUCUUCCAGUGGGUUUGAGAAUACAUCGCCACCAGAGGACUAUCUAAACAAGAUAAAUGAAGUGAGGACAUUACUAGGGCCACUGAUUGGGAAGUCAUCUGAGUAUUGUUCAGAUGCUGCCAUUACCCGUUAUCUAGCUGCGCGUAACGGCCAUGUCAAGAAAGCAACUAAAAUGCUUAAAGAAACCUUGAAAUGGAGGACUCAGUACAAACCCAGGGAGAUCCGAUGGGAGGAGAUUGCACGAGAAGCUGAGACCGGUAAGAUAUACCGAUCUAAUUAUACCGACAAAUAUGGAAGACCAGUUUUGGUUAUGAGACCAAGUUGCCAGAAUACAAAAUCUCCUAAAGGGCAGAUUAGAUUCUUGGUAUACUGCAUGGAGAAUGCAAUCUUGAAUCUACCGGAUAACCAAGAACAAAUGGUUUGGCUAAUUGAUUUUCACGGUUUCAACAUGUCGCAUUUAUCCAUCAAAGUGUCUCGAGAAACCGCUCAUGUGUUACAAGAACAUUACCCUGAACGCUUAGGCUUGGCCAUACUAUACAACCCACCUAAGAUUUUUGAACCGUUUUGGAAGAUGGUGAAACCGUUUCUAGAGCCAAAGACUUGCAACAAGGUGAAGUUUGUAUACUCGGAUGAUAACGUGAGCAAGAAGAUUCUUGAGGAUAUUUUCGAUAUGGAGCAACUUGAGGUUGCCUUUGGUGGGGAAAACAGUGAUUCGAGUUUCAAUUUUGAGAAGUAUGCUGAGAGAAUGAGAGAGGAUGAUUUGAAGUUCUAUGGAAACACACCAGUGUCUUCAACCUCAGCUCAUUUUACCAACUCUGAUUCUGAGGUUUCAGACACUGAGAUGAAGCGCUUGGAUGACAUACCAGAUGAGAAGAUCAAGAACGGAACCUCUUAACAAGAACCUAGACAUGUAGCCUAGAAUAAAAGAAGCUCCUGGUUUAACUAAAACAUCAACUCUUCUCAUCUUCUUCUAAACCAUUCUUACUAAUAAGCUGGAGAUACUCUUACAUGUAACGGUGGAUACGCACAUAUAUAUGAACUCCUAUAUACUUUGCGUUGAUUGUGGAAGUGAUUUAAAUCUAAAUAGUAAAUACACCAGAAAAAAGCACAAGAAAGAUUGACUUGUUAUCAAGAUUGACAUA